AUGGAGACCGUUCUCGUUAUCGGAGCAACUGGAAACAUCGGCGUUGCCGCCGUCAAGGGCGCGUUGAACUCUAAGCGCAAUGUCUUGGCCGUUGUCCGGAACCAAAACUCGGCCGACAAACUCGUCAAGCAUAUUGGGUCAUCCGAGGGAAUUACUUUCGUUGAAGCCAACGUCCUCUCGGAGACGGGAAUCCAAGGUGUGGUUGCUCAAGUCCGAGCCGGCAAGCUACCGGAUUUCCAGCACGUGUACUCCUGCGUUGGUGGCGCGUACGUGAUGACUCCCCUUCAGGAGAUUACUACCGAGCAGCUACGCCUCGGCAUCAACUCCUUCAUCGAGUCCAACUUUUUUGCCUACCGGGAUACCAUCGGCUAUUUGCUCGAGAAAAACCACCCUGCAAGCACAUGGACACUCAUCACCGGAGCACAGGGCGACUUUGCAACCCACUCGGUGCCGGCCAUAGGGCAAGGCGCUCUAUUCGCCUUGGCUGUAGCCGCUUCCCGAGAGAACUUGGAGACCAACGUCCGCUUCAACGAAGUCUACCUCGGGUACAUGGUGCAGGUGGAUGAGAACGCCGCCAAGCUUGGAAGCGUGAGCUCCUCGGAAUUUGCGACCGUCUACGAGAAGCUCCUGGCCAGCCCCGAGAUCCGCAGCUCGCGCGUUUUCCAGAAGAGCCCUGAAGAUAUGAAGAAACUGAGGUACGAGAGACGGUUCUAA